AUGGAAAUAGUGUGAGUGAUAUGGACCCAAACACACAGAGACGAAAAUCCUUCACUGUGUACUGUAAUACCUUUCUCUCAUCGGCGGCUAUAAAUUAUACGCCUAACCAAUCUACAGAAUCCUCCAAACUCUCUCUCCGACUUCUAACUAAAGUAUAUACAUAUAUAUCCUUGGAUUCAUUUUAUCUAAAAUUUCAAAUAGUUGCUCCUUCAGAGAUCCUUGUAUCUUUUUAAUCUCAGGGGUCACUUUAAAUAUUGCAUCAUUUCUCAAUCCACAGAUCAUCUUAGCUAACUUUCUUUGGAAUUGGAGCCGUUCAAGACACCAAAGGGGCGAUUUUUACAGUACCCAGCUUCGUUUCCAAAACCUAUUAUAUUCUACAAAUCAAAAAGACAAAAACACACAAAUGGCCAGGCUUCAAGACAACAACUUACCCUUUUCCUCUGGCAACGUCGGAUAUUCACUAUCACAGCUGAUUCUGACCAGCAAUUCCACCACUUUGGAUUCCCUUUUCUUCUCCAGUCAGCCGUCAAUCUCCAUAGCCAACCGAGCUUUCGAGCCCUUAGGCUCUUCCGUGUACCUCAAACAGAGAGAUUUGCUCCAAAAAUUCUGCAACGAAAAACAAGGAAUCCCGCCAUGGAUUCCCAUGGCAGAGGACUUGGGAUAUCGUCUCCCGACAUAUUUCAGCCGGAGCAAGAAGAAGCUGUACCGAGGGGUCAGGCAGAGGCAUUGGGGCAAAUGGGUCGCCGAAAUUAGACUUCCUCGGAACAGACUCAGGGUCUGGCUCGGCACCUACGACACCGCCGAAGCCGCCGCCUACGCCUACGACAGGGCGGCGUACAAGCUGCGAGGCGAGUAUGCUCGCCUGAACUUUCCGAACCUGCCCGACCCGACCCGGCUGGGUGUCGGGGACGGGCCCCGGAUCGACGCGCUUAAGAGCGCCGUGGAUGCUAAGAUUCAGACCAUCUGCCAGAAGUUGAGAAGGGAGAAGAGAGCUCACAAAGCUGCCAAGAAGGUCGACGGGAAUAGAGAGAAGAAUUCUCGCCGGAGCAUCGCCGGCGAUGCUCCGGCAAGAACUGACAGCGACAGUACUUUUGUGAAGGAAGCAGAUUCGUGUGAGUCGAUUGCCAAUGCCGUUGAGAGCUGCAGCGGCAGCGUAUCCGAAGUUGGGUCGAGUGAGUGGUGCUCCACGGCGGCGCCGCCGGGGGAAGCGGAGGUUGAGGGGUGCUCCCUGGCGCGGAUGCCGUCGUAUGAUCCCGAACUCAUUUGGGAAGUCCUGGCUCAGUGAUUCAUUUUGUCCGUGAUGAACAUGGUCAACUUUAAUUAAUUAUUAUUACGUAUUAUAUAAUUAAGACAAUAAAUGAAUAGUUUAUAGUUGUUAUAUCUGGAUAAGUAUAGUGAUAAGCAGAGGACACAUACAAGGGCUACGCUACAUUUUGUCAACGAAGAGGGACAAUGCUACGUUAAGACCUAUAUAAAAUUGUGUAGAAUAAAUCUAGCUACAGAUUUAGAUAGUAUCGUGGUGUAACGUUGUGAUGCCAAAUAUGACUAUGUAAUGGGAAAUAUUAAUUAGCAAUACAAUAAUAUUAAUAGUAUUUGUC